AUGUCCAACUACUCGCAACAACACUACGGCGCCCCCAGCCGACCCGCCUUCUCUGCUCUCCAGUCCUCCAGCACCCCAGCCGCAAGCUACACCAGCACCUCCGCCUCAAGCCACGCCUCCUCACGCUCUUCGACGCAAUCUGCUCCGCCCGUCUCGCCGUCGACAAGCCCCCAGAACCACCAGUACUUUGGCUCCCUGAACCAGCAGUCGCAACAGUUGCAGCAGCAGCCUCGCAUGCAGGCCCAACGGCAGAACAGCUUCGAGUACCAACCGAACAGGUCAGGAGCCGGCCAGACGGCUGCUGAGACGACAAACUACCUCAACCAGGCUGCGCUGCUUGCUGAGGCUGCGAAACGGGCACAGAUGGCCUGUGUGAUGCGAGAUCUCGACGGAAUGGAACUAUAA